UGGGAAGAUUUGCUGUCCCCGAUACGGUCUGCCAAGAGAGGAAGCAAAAUCCUGUUGACCACUAGGAUACAAUCAGUAGCAGAUAUGGCUGCCACCACACUAGGAGGUGAAUUUGAGUGUCUGAAACUGGAUGGAUUACAGGAUAGCGACAAUUUCCUGCUCUUCAAAAGCCUACUGAAUCCCGAUGUGAACUCCCAAGAUUAUGCCAACCUUCUGCUGAUUGGUGAACAAAUAUCAAAAAUGUUUGGAGCCUGCCCAUUCCUGACAUUGGCGGUCGUUUCGCACCUGCGGGAUGAUUUGAAAACUAGUUGGACCGAUGUACUGCAACAACAUUGGUACCAAAUUGAAGGAAUUUAUAGCAUUCUUCCAUCUCUCAAACUGAGCUACGACCAUCUACCUGCACAGCUGCAAAUUUGCUUUAGGUAUUGUAGUUUGUUUGCAAGGGGGCACAAAUUUUACAUGGACAAAAUGGUAGACAUGUGGGUCAGUUCUGGACUAAUACCUUUUGCCUCAAGGGAGCCUGGUGAUAGCUUACCAGCAACAGAUAAUGUUAGCCUUCUGAACCCAGUGGAUGUCGGGGAAGAGUACUUCACGGCAUUGGCAAGAAAAUCAUUCUUUUGCCGUAUGGGAGAAACAGAUCCUUGUGGGGCAAACCAGAAAGAAUAUUAUGUUUUACACAGUUUGCUGCAUGACUUGGCACAGCUUGUCUCUCGAGGUGAAUGCGCAAGAGUGGAUAAUGGUGGUUUCCAAGAUGUCAUGUGGACAACCCGACACAUAUCUAUUGCAAACUGUGGCAUCCUUACUCAUGAAAGAGCCCGGAAGAUAUCUUAUUUGAGGAGUUUGCGGACUCUUAUAAUAGAAAGUGAGUCCUGUCUUGAUCAAGAAACUGAAUUUUUGCUUGGAGAGAUUCUGAAGAGCACAAAAUGCUUGCGUCUGCUGCAAUUGUCUGUGCCAUCUCCAUUUCAUGUACUCGAUAGAUUUCCCAACCUAAUUCAUCUCCGUUAUAUUUCCUUAAUCUCAUGCGAUGAGUCUCAUCUUCAUAAAAUCUUUAAAUUCUACCAUCUGCAAGUAUUCAAGCUCAGCUACUUGACAGCAAAAGAACCAGACUUGAGCGACAUAUAUAAUUUACGUUGCUUACGCUCUUUGCAUAUUCCUGACAAUAUGUCAUCCAAGAUUCAUAAACUUGGAAGGUUAACCUCACUUCAGGUUUUACGUGGAUUUGAGGUGGUGCAAAAUGAUGGUAGCAGGCUGAGUACACUGAGCAAUUUAAGAAGCCUUCGUCAACUUGGCCUAAUGAAUCUUCAAAAUGUCCAGAAUUGCAGAGAAGCUAUGGAGGUCAAAUUAAAGGAAAAACAUGACAUGAGGAUUUUGCUGUUAUCAUGGAACAGAUACAAUAAUGAUACACGGGUGGAUGAUCAGAUUAUUGGUAAUCUUGAACCAAAUAGGGAAAUUCAAAUACUGCAUAUCCAUGGAUACAAUGGAUCUGUACUUCCAUUUUGGAUUGCUAAUUCCUUGCUUGUCAAUUUGGUAUCACUUGAGCUUGAGUACUGUAUUAAAUGGAAGAGCCUGCCAUCUCUUCAGGAACUAAAUUUACUCCAGCAUCUGAAGUUGCAGCAUCUUUUUCAGUUAGAAUACAUGGGAUUGGGGCUCGAGGAACUAACUGAUACCAAUGAAUCAGGGAUUGUUUGUUUACCCCGUUUUCUUCGUAGCCUAAUCAUUGGAUGGUGCCCUAACCUGAACAUACUUCGCACUAUACCUCCUAGCCUUGAGGUACUGAUAUUAAAGCAUGUUGGUUUUCUAGUUCUUCCAGGAAUACACCAGAGGGAAUCAAAGACAUCAGUCAAGUCUGAGCUUACAUUUGUACACAUUCAAAGCUGCGCACAUCUGACUUCUCUAGAUAAAGGAUUACUAGAGUGUCAAGAACAACUUGGUUCUCUAUCUACAUUAAUCAUAAGUCAUUGUGAAAGUCUACGCCAUCUACCAAGGAAUGGUUUUGCAGCACUGCAUCACCUGAAAUUCCUGGAAAUGGUUGCCUGUCCAUUGCUGAAGGAUGGCAAUACUGCAGGAAAUAUUCUGCCAAUUUCACUCAAGAACUUGGAUAUAAAUCCUUGCGGUAGUAUUGAUGUUUCAAUGCUCUUGUCACUUCGAAAUCUGUCCUUUCUUACAAAGUUAACACUGUUCAAUUGCACCAACCUGGAGAAACUUCCUCCAGCGGAAAUAUUUGGAACUCUGCAAGUUCUUUCUGAUCUGUCAGUAGCUAGAUGCAGAGGCUUGUUAUCCUUUGGGGGUCUUGGAGCUGUUUCUUCCCUGAGAAUGCUGUCGAUCCUAUGCUGCGACAAGCUCAACCUUUCAGACUCGCCGCAGGGUUGUUGUUCCUUUAUGCUACAAGAGCUCAGAAUCGAUUGCCAGGCCCUGUUGUUUGUGGAGCCACUUCAGAGCCUCAGAUACACUAAAGAGCUAUAUAUCUGCAACGACUGUGCAAUGGAGUCCUUAGCCGAGGGAUGGUUGCUGCAGAAUGCUACUUCCCUCCAUUCCAUCAAGAUAGGAAUUGCCGAAUCUCUGCAAUCCUUGCCAUCUCAGAUGGAUAAGCUUGAAGCGUUACAGAGUUUGCACAUUGAAAGGGCCCCUCUGAUGAAGCUACUCCCACAACUGCCUGCCUCACUUAGCAAGCUGACAAUCUGGGGCUGUGACCCAAUGUUUAUGAAGCGGUAUGAAAAGGAUGUUGGUCCGAACUGGGGCCAGGUCGCGCACAUUGCUCAUGUGGAUAUAAUGUCCUAUUCCGAAGGAAUGAGCUGCAGUGAUGAUCAGAUUCAAGGUUUUGAGAAAAAUGCAUAUAAUCCACGCCAUCAAUUUGUUGUCAUAGAGUAGAUAUCACAGGUACAGUAUGUGUGAGAUCCUAAUUUUUGUCAUUCUAGGACUGAUAAUUCUGGAGCACCAGUGAUGAAAUUACAGUCUAGGCCUCGUGUGAAUAUGAUCCAAAUCUUGCUGCCAGUAUAUAGCACGCAACACCCAGAAUGCAGCAAUGCAAUGGUAUUUGUCUGUAUUCAAUGUUCAUGGAGCGUGGGGGUGAUCUGAACUUUUGAGGUUGGUAUAUUUGUCUCCUGGGGUGUUAGUGGCUGGCAUGGUAUAUGGUACACAUCUUGCUUGGUUUCAUAAGCUAAGAUUGUCAGUGUAUUCUCGAGAUCAUCCAAGGGGGUCACAGAUGGGCAUAUGGUCAUAUGGUGAUAUCAUUGCCAGCUAUAGAAGCUUACUUACUGUCUGGAACCUUGAACUACAGAUGGGUUUCCAGGCUGAAGGGUAUGAAAUGAACCACCUUUUGAAACUCUCUUGCAAAUGUUCAGUCAGUUGAUUGUGGUUGUGGGGUGAAGGUGAAGCGCGUCGAUGAUUGUAACUCUUGGCACUUCUUAAGGUGUACAUAAAUGUAAAUAACCAGAAAAGCUGUUGAUGUCUGUACUCCUUUUUUGUAGGUGUCUGAUCUCUGUACUCUUUUUCUUUUCUUUCUUUUUUACUAAUUUAUGUGUGGCUAAAAUUGCAUUGUCAAAUGCAAAUUACAGUUCAUAACAGUGUAGAUAUUCAUCAUGCUGCCGUUGCAAAAUAAUUGCUGAACUGUAA